UCUUUCUCCCUCUGUCGCGAAAACCUAAACAGCACUCUCUUUCUCUCUCUGCAGUCAAUGUUAGGGUUUGUUGAGGGGGUUCUUGAAGGUGAAAGAGAGGGUUUCUUCGUUAAAUGCUCUCUCCCUUCAACAAUCUCUCAAUUCCCUCUCUUUUCAUGUCUUCAAUCGACGUCUUUCUCUUCUCCUCUGCUCCUUCAGGGCCUCAAAAAACCCUAAUUCUUGGUUUCGAUUCUGACUUUUUUCACAUACUUCCUCCUCAUUCUCAAUCCUCUCAGACAAAAUUCGUGCUUUUCUUUAGGUGUUUAUGGGAUUUCCAAUUUGGUUAUGUGCGCAAAACGAGUGAUUCUAAGCCUCUCCAAUCAAUUUCCAAGUCUGGAAUUGCAUAACAGAGAGCAGAAUGGUCGGGUUGAUGAUUUAUCAGCUUCUAAGGUAAAGGGGGAACUACAUAAGUGUUUGAAUGAGCCUGUUACAGUUGCUACGGUCUUGUUGCCUCGUGGUUUAAUCAAUUCAGGGAAUCUGUGCUUUCUCAACGCAACGCUACAGGCUCUUCUAUCCUGUUCUCCUUUUGUUCAGCUUCUGCAGGAAUUGAGAACUCGCAAAGUGCCUAAGAUUGGGUGCAUUUGCAGAGUUCGUCUCUGAAUUUGACAUGCCUAGUGGUUCAAGUUCAAAGAACAAAGAUGCAAGUGUUCUUGAGACUGGUAGGCCUUUUAGCCCUACCAUGUUUGAAGGCGUUCUUUAAAUUUUUACUCCAGAUGUACGAACUAGCAUCUCGGGCAGGCCAAGGUGUGUAUCUGAUCUAGGUGAAUAAUUUUCUGUUCUAGGUUUUGUCUUUUUGUAUUUUUUUAUUUCUCUGUUGAGCCUUCUUAUUGCAAAUUUAAUCCUUGAUGGUAUUGCUGGCUGAAAUUGUAAGGCACGAUCAUUGCAAAAAGAUUUAGACACAUGCAUCUAUUUGUGGUCACAAAAGUUGUCCUUCCUUGCCACUUUUUUUCUUUUAAAUCCCUUAUGCACUGUUUCCUUUCUUUCCUUAUAUUAAUAUCUUUUCACUAUUUCCAAAUAAACAAGAAAGGUCAGACACAGCACAAUUUU